UAUAUAUAUAUAUAUAUAAAUUUAUUUUUCAAUUUUCUCAUCGACUCUUUUUCUUGAUAGAAUCCACCAAAUUUCAAUCUCAAAGAAGAUUUAACAAAUUAUCAAACUCCUGUUGCUAUUGUUAAUACAUCAGCAUCGGAUUCGUCACAAAUGAUGGAAGAUCUUCUUAUUGAUAUAUCGGAUGAUACUAAAUCAACACAAAGCGUUGCACCAAGUGAUAAUUUAUUAGAAGAUGAAACUUUGUUUAAUCGUUCACAAGAUAUAUCUGAUCUUGAACAAAAAGUAUUACAAUACGAUGCAAUGUUAAAACAAAAUCGUUCGGAAACUGAUGAUUUACAUCGAACUAUUGCUAUUAAAGAUGCAGAAUUAACUGCUGAAAGAAAUCAUCGCUUACAAAUCGAAGAACAACUUCGUCAUCAAUUGAAUAAUCAACAAUCUAUAGAAGAAAUUCAUGCACUUGAUAAUAAAACAAAUUCAAAUGAAAAAUUUAAUAAAUUACUUGAUACUUAUAAUCAAUUACGUGAAGAACAUAUUGUUGUAUUACGUCGAGAAGGUGAAACUAAAAAACAAUUAGAAAAUUUAAAUCAACAAUAUACACAAUUACAAGAAGAUUAUAAUAAAAAAGAAAAUGAGUUUAAUCAAAAUUAUCAAAAAUUUAAUAAUGAAAUUAUGCAACUACGUCAAACAAAUGAUGUAAGUUGAGGAUAAUCUCAAUACAUAUAAUA